GAGAGAGGGGGUGGGGGAGAGAGAGAGAGAAAGAAAGAAUCGCAUCGACUAAACUAUUAGAGUCGCCAUACAUGAAUAAUAAAUAUACAUACUUUGUCAUGACGAUGAAUACUUUUCUCAGCAGGACGAUAUCUAAGAAUGUAUACAAUACAACAUAGCCAUGCAUAGCAAAUCAAGGAUGGCUUGCAGAUAUAUGACCUUUCAAAUAGCAGUAUAACCGAUACUAUUACAAAUAUCGACAUUAUUGCAACAUUUAUAAACUCCGACAUCAAUCCUAACUGUAUUAAAAUGGACUAGAGCAUUAGAUAAAAUUUUCAAUACAUCGAACUUGUGCCAUAAAUUUGAUGUUUGAUAUAUCGUUUAACACAAUUCUUACAUUACACAAAUUCUUUUUAUACAUAAAUAGAAGCGUUUAAUAAGAUCUUAAAUAGAUAGCUUUAAAAAGGAGUUGAUUAUAAAACAAAUUUUCUUUUACUAUGCAAGGUAUAUGAAAGUUAUGCUAUGUGCAUUAAGAAAAGACGAGAAAAAUAUUUCGAAGGAAGGAAAAAUUGCAAGUUCAACAGAUUCAACAGAUUUACGUCAUGAAUCCGAUAUCGUAAUUACAAGUUUAAAAAUAAAUGAACGACACAUAUUCCAAACAUACCCCAACUAAAACAUAUUCCAAACAAAAUAUGGUAUACGCGAGAUUGUACGUCACUGCGUUACAUUUUGGUCCCACUUUCCAUUUACCACAUACCAGCCCCGUCGUCGUUACUUACUUUAAUUAAAUUCGUCGUACGCCGCCAUCAGACUGAAUUCGACCAAGACCCCGAAAGCAAACCGCGAAAAACACGUGUCACUGAAACGUUAUGCCCGGGAAGCGAAACGUAAUCCGCGCGUUGUGCGCCGCACGAAGUCGCGUGUCCCAUUGCGUGAGAUCAAUACCGCGGUUGCACGCAAGUGUUUCUGUCUUUUUUUUUCACCAUUCGUCCGUUGGUUUUAAGCACUACCGUUGAAAAGCAUUUCCAAUAAGGGUCGCGACUGAUUUCCAUUACAGAUAUGACAACGUCAAGCGGAGGCAUGUUUUCGCUCAAGCAAACUGUUACUGUUUGUCUACCGCAACAAGCUUUUUGGGGUUGGAAUAUUUGUUAAUUCUUCUACCCAUUAAAUUAUUUUUUCAAAGGAAUAAUCACAUCUUGAAGCUGAUUUUUAAAUUGAGAAAAAAAAGAAAGGGAACAGUGAAUUUUAAUCUAAUGAAGUAGAAACGUGGACUUUUAAAUUAAGAUCCAUCCUUUUUUAUUUUCUUCUUCACUGAUUUUUAAUUAUCUUAACCACCAGGGAGCAAAUAUUCUCCUCUAUCUAAUCACCAUUUUUUGUUGGUAGUUAUUUUGUAACUUUUAACCGAUUAAAAUUUGCAGUCCCAUUCACCCGACCUAAUAAAACGCCGAUGAGUCCAUUCAAAUUGAGAUGUACAUAUAUGCGUAACACGAUACGCGCUAACUCUGCGAACGUGAAUAUACAGAUACCGAGAAUUACAUUGAAAGCUGUACGUAACAUAGAUACGAUUCGUAAGCUUUUUUCUUUCUCUCUCUCUCUCUCUCCCAUUUCUUUUUACGUCACGUUAUUAAUAUCAGGAAUGAAGAGAAAGGUUUCCAAUUAAAGAUAGACUCGAAUUAUACGAAACUCCUUUCUUCCGCUAGGAUUUAAUAAAACUGAAUAAUGCAUUGCUUACUUUUUAACUUAUCGCAGCAUUCAUUUCCGCUCUUUCAGAAAUGGCGGUUCUCUGAGGAAGCAUUUCUUAUUGUUAGGAUCCUGAAUAGAGAGAUUACGAUCGAGAAGCGGAAUGAGGACUUGGAACCUCGCGAGGAUGCGGGACCGGCUCUCGUGGUACAUGGUCUUCUUGAUUCUGCCGACAAUCCUUUUGGCCAGGUCGCUCGAUAAAGAUCGACGCGUGCCCUACAACAUCCCGUCGGAUUGGAAGGCCCUUUGGUUCAGCAAUCUCGACGAGCUGCAGAGAGUGAACGAGGCGAACGACAACAACACCGUUUCUAACGUCACGGUGCAAUUGGGCGGCACUGCCUUCCUGCACUGCAAAGUUCGCAAUUUGGCGGAGAGGACCGUUUCCGAUGCCGAGAUAUCGUGGAUCCGGCGACGUGACUUUCACGUUUUAACAAGCUCAAUGUUCACAUACACGAACGACGAGCGAUUUCAAGUACUGCAUCCCGAGGGCUCUGACGAUUGGACCCUUCAAAUAAAAUACGUCCAAGAAAGAGACAAUGGGACGUACGAGUGUCAGGUCUCGAGAAGUGCAGGGAUACUGUCACACUUCGUCAAUCUAAAUAUAGUGAUACCAGAGGCGUUUAUAUUAGGAAGCGACGAGCAUCACGUCGACGUAGGGUCUAUCAUAAAUCUCGUGUGCAUAAUAGAGAAGAGCCCGACGCCGCCGCAAUACGUGUUCUGGUAUCACAAUAGCCGGAUGAUAAACUACGACACCACGCGCGGCAGCGUGACCGUACAAACCGAUCCAGGACCAACUCAGAGCCGGCUGACGAUUCGCCAGGCAGUGGAGACGGACACGGGCAAUUACACGUGCAGCGCCUCCAACACCAAGCCGGCAUCGAUCUUCGUCUUCGUCACCGAAGGUGACAAGAUGGCAGCGAUACAGCGUCGCAAGACGUCGGCAGCGAAGAGGAAUCUGGCGGGCGUGCUGGUACCGGCGGUGCUCGUCAUAGCGGGCGUCGUUUUAGCGCGAUAAGCGUUUUACUUCGAAAUGUCCAUAACUAUUACGUCAUUACUUCCGUUUGUGAUAGAUAGGAUAUUACCCUCUUCCCCUCCUCCCUCUCCUUCCUUCUCCCGGGGUUUUACGGUCCGCCCGCCCGCUCCCUCCCUUCUUUUUCAUCUCCCCCACUCACUUUCCCCCCCUUCCUCACACCCUCUCCCAUCCAUCCCUCGCGGGUCUUCUUUCCUCCCCAAACCACGCUCCCGUCUUCCGUUCCAUCUUCCAACUUCCCUUUCCCAUGCACCCUUCGCUCCCUCCCUUAUUCCUUAUUUACUUUAGUCGAGGUUGCCGCCGGCUGGACUACUUAGAUAUGCGAGAUUUUCGUGGAAGAUUGCGCGAUUGCCUGCUCCAAGUCAUUACGCGCGACGCGCAUGCGACUCGAAUUAUGUAAAUACUGCCCGGGUCGAAUACGCCACGACGAGGCGGAUUACGUUAGGCCAGGCCUGUCCAACUUCCGGGCACCACUGAUCGUCCGUUCUCGACAGGCCAGAUUUCAGGCCGGUCGGAUGGAAAAUUCACGCGGUCAGUGCAAACGAAUCGAUCGCGUUGCUAACAAGGUUGGGCUAUAUAUCUCGGAAUUCGAAAUAAUUGAUGAGGUGAGUUCAAAAAGCACAGACAUCUA